AUGGCUAUUGACGAAAACAAACAGCAUCUGUCCAGCAAGGCUGACGGCGCGGUGGUAUCAUCAGAACACAAUGAAACAAUUAUUGCGGAUCCGAGCUUCUUGCAAUCCAUCUCGUACGGCUCCUCGGGGGUUAAAGGUCUUCUCAGCUCGAAAUAUGUCUUCGGCGCGGCUGUCCUCGCCUCUCUGGGCGGCUUCUCUAUGGGCUACGAUAUGGGAGUCAUCUCCAUCAUCAAUGUUAUGGAGCAAUUCCACCACGCCUACCCCUUUGCGGAAUCUGCCUUUGGCACGGAGUUUAUGACUGCAAUGCUGUUGCUGGGUGCUUUUGUUGGCUGCAUCUUCAUGCCCUAUGUCGCUGACCGGUUCUCGCGCAAGCGGGCACUGAUGGUUGUGGUUGUGAUAUUUGAUAUUGGUGCUAUUCUCCAGACAGCUGCACCAAACUAUGCCACUCUUGUGGCGGGAAGAUUUAUUGGAGGUAUAGGCGUUGGUACGCUUGCCAUGGGUGCACCUCUCUACAUUUCCGAAAUUGCGCCACCAAACAUCAGAGGGACACUCUUAGUUUUGGAAUCGAUCUCCAUCACAUCUGGGGUCGUGAUCGCCUUUUGGAUUACAUUUUGCACGAGACAUAUCGCCAGUGAAGCAUCAUUCCGGCUACCCUUCGGUGUGCAGAUGGUCACCGCCACAGCACUGGGACUUGGUAUUCACUUUUUCCCUUAUUCGCCCCGCUGGUUAGCCCUUGUCAAUCGCCGCGACGAUUGUCUUCGCAGCCUUACGAAGCUGAGAGGCUUACCUAGUAACGACGACAGGGUGCAGGCAGAGUUCCAAGGAAUCAUUGCUGAGAUCACCUUUCAGAAAGUUGUCCAGGCAAAGCGACAUCCAGGAGCUACUGGGCUUAAGCUUGAAUUCCUUGGCUGGCUAGAUCUCUUCAGCCGCAAGUCCUGGAAAAGGACAACUGUGGGAGCUGGCGUUGGCUUCUUCCAGCAAUUUUCUGGCAUAAACGCCUUUAUCUACUACGCACCGACUCUAUUUCAGGCGCUUGGCCAGUCUUCUGAGCAAUCUCUCAUUCUAUCAGGUGUGUUUAACAUUUUGCAGAUGAUCGCUGCCAUAGUGUGCUUCUUGAUCAUCGACAAAGUUGGGCGUAGACCCCUAGCUAUCUUCGGGGGUUUUGCGUGUGCUGCGGCAUACACCGUCAUCGCAGUCCUUUCCGGGCUGUAUUCAACGGAUUGGAAAUCUCACCUGGCCGCCGGUUGGGGCGCUGUGGCGAUGGCGUUUGUUUUCAUCCUAGCCUUUGGUGUCUCCUACUCCCCGCUUGGAUGGGCCCUUCCCUCCGAGGUCUUUUCAACUGCGACUAGAUCCAAGGGAGUUGCGCUCGAGAGUUGCACUGUUUGGCUCUGUGAUUUUGUGGUCGGGAUCUCAAUCCCAAGUAUGAUGCAGAAUAUUGGCUACCGAACAUACAUCUUCUUCGCUGUUAUGUGCUUUUUGGCUGGGGUGUGGGCUACGCUGCUGGUUCCGGAAACUAGUGGGAAGACAUUGGAAGAACUGGACGCGGUAUUUGGGGACACCAUUGGACAGGAAGAGAGAGAGCUUGCGAGUGAGGCUGCCUACUCGGCGGGAAGUACCGUCAGAGCAACCACUGUGUAA